UCUGCGGACCGACAGAAGCGACUCGCGGACCUUCUGCGGAGCCAAGAGGAGCGGUGGUCGCGGAGACAAAGUUUGCCGCCCCAUCACGCCCCCUCACCGAGAAAGAGGCACUACUCAGAAACUUCUAGAUUUGCACUGUGCAAUUUCUCUGGAAAUGUCUGGAACUAUCAAAGGGCAGGAACGGAGGAUCGUCCUGGUGGGCAAAACUGGCAACGGGAAAAGCGCAACGGGAAACACAAUCCUGGGAGGCCCAGUCUUUGAAUCCAAGAUGGCUUUCGGUUCCGUCACCAAAUGUUGCCAAAAGGAGGAGGCCCUGCUGAACGGAAGGAGGGUUGUGGUCGUGGAUACGCCUGGAUUCCUCGACACCGGGCGUCCCGAGCUAGAAACAUCCACCGAAGUGAGCAAGUGCGUGAAGUUUUGCUCCCCAGGUCCGCACGUCAUUCUGCAGGUGAUUCGUCCCGGCCGUUUCACCCAGGAGGAGAUGGACGUGGCUCGGUUGAUCAAGGAGAUCUUCAGCCUGAAGGCCAAGAAUUACAUGAUCAUUUUGUUCACCCGGAAAGAGGACCUUGAAGAAAAAGCUCUGGAGCAAUUCAUCGUCGACGGAAACGUCGCACUGAAGGAGCAGGUUUACCAGUGCGGCUACCGUUACAUGGCUUUCAACAACAAGGCCGAAGGAAAAGAACGAGAAGCUCAGGUGGCCAAGUUGAUGUCCAUGAUUGAUGAGCUGGUGGAGAAGAACAAAGGUGCUCCUUGCUACACGGAAGAAAUGCUGAAGGCCGACAAGGAGAACUUCAAAACUAACAAAGGAUUAUCCUGGUUGUGUCCUUUCCUUUAGGGGAUACCCUACCCCCCCCACACACACAAAUUCUGAGUUUCUGCUCCACAAUGGCAAGGUGUCCACUCUGCAAUUCCCCGUUGUCUUUUCUGCUCACCUCCAAAGAACCCAGUUUACUGUAUUCCUUCCUUCAUUCCAUCUUGUUCCUUCCUUCCCUUCCUCCCUCCUUCCUUUUUGCCUCCCUCCCCCCUCUCCACCUCCUUCCUUUCUUCCUUACUCCCUCCCUCUCUCCCUCCCUUUCCUUCCUCCCUCUCCUUCCUUCAUUCCUCCUUGAUUCUUCCCUCCCUCCCCAUCUCCUCCCUUUUCCCUCCCUCCUUUCCUCCCUACCCAUCUCCGUCCUCCCUCCCUCCCUCCUUCCUUAUUUCCCUCCCUCCCUUCUUCUUCCCUCGCCAUCUCCUUCCCUCUGUCAGGGGCUCCGACAGAUGCCCUAAUUAACUCACAAGCCUUGAGCCACGUUUUCAAAGAAAUCAGGUUAUAUAUUAGGAGCAACAUGUCAGCAACUACCCAAAUGAAGUCAAUUCUGCUGCACCUAGUUUACGGCUCAACUCUGACCCUAAUUCCCCCCUUCCUCUCAGGCUGUGUCAUAAGUCACAUUCUCCAACGAGUAGAAAACACAACCUCACAGGCCGGCUCUGGUAAACAGAGAUCCAGCCUUGAAUAAGUAUGCGUGGAAUGUGCUUUUGAACAUGGCUGCCGAACUGCUCUGCCGGUUCUCUCCCCUCCCUGCCCGUGGCAACUUGAGAGCAGACCAGAAAUGCUUUGUGAGUUGACACCCUCCCUUCCUUCCUUCCUCUCCCCAAUAUCAACUGACCCCACAGCCUAAUUCUCUACCAGCCUGGACCCACGUCCCUUGGGAAGCACAGACCCUGUGGGGCUUCCCCAUCUGUCAAUCCUUUGAGGUACAUGAGACCGGGAAGCCACCAACACAAGAAAGAUUAGAACUCCAUUUUAUUGAUAUGGAGAAUAGUAGCAAAAUCCUGAAAACUUCUCCCUUUCGCUGCCGCUGGAACCGAAGUGCAUCAAGAGAAUGCAGCCUUGAGCUACUUUCACCCCUACCCGUUUUCCAGGGGGAAAUUCAUGUUUUCUUAAGAGUUGCCACCUAUUUUCUACAAAGCCAUCUCUGUUUUCCUUUUUAUGUAUCCAAUAAAUCUCUUCCUUCCUUAUCCAAAA